CAGAAUUUAAGAUUAACAGAAAAUGACAAUGAAAAAUUUUUAAAAAACUAUUUGGGUUACUAAGACAGAACUGGGGAGAGGAUUUCUACAAAUGAAUUGCACCUUUAAUUCACGUUCACUAAAAUAUUAUUAAAUAAACAAAUAGAAUCAUGGCGCUGCUGAACAACACAAAAGUCAUUUCGGGGCUGGUAUCAUGCACGUUCACAAAGGGGCGGGAGAGGUGACCAGCGAAACUCCGGCUCCCUGUCAGGGGAAGGAGCGUUAUUUAGAACGGAGAAGGGGCAGCGUAUAAAUGUAUCUGAGAUCUAUUCAGCAGCAAAGAAAGCGAAAAAUGCGUUAUGAAAAAAGAUGGGACUUUUUUAACGGAGGAAAUAUUGUAACACAGAAUAGUAUUAAACGUAAAGGAAAUCGGUUGCAGUAGCAAUGUAAAAUGGGCUUUAGGACUUAGGACGAUCCACCCGAUUAGCUGUACAGUAGUGAGCUUUCUUUGGGUAAGGCAGAGAGUCGAAGCGGUGGAUCCUGACUGCUGCUGGUAGCUGUCCCAUCGGAAGCGGGGAUCCUAAUCGGUGAGGUGGGCUUGAAGAGGCCGUCAUCAUGGAUUGUCAGAGCGACCAGAUCGAAAUGCUCCUGGCUCACAUGAAUAUCGAGGACAUCAUCAACGCCGCAGAAACACUGUUCCCUUCCAUUGAGAGUGGAGCGUCGUCCAGAGAGUCUUCGUCGCGUUAUGAGAUGGAGGACGAGGAGAACACCGACUCAAGGAACACUGAAGACUCAUCUUGUGGGAAUCGGGCUCUUGGCAGGGUCAGAUAUGGGCCGGUGACUGAACUGCUGUCCUUUGUGAACGAGAUCUGCAGCUCCCAGAUUGACACGGGACUCUCGGAAGAGAUGGGCGUGUUGCUGAACAAGACUGACAUGGCGAUUCUGGACGGCCACUAUCGCACCGGCCUGGAAGUUUUCUUGUUUCCGUGGAAGCUGACCUACAGGAGCUACAGCUCCGGACACGUUCCUAAGGGAUCUUUCGGGGCUGUCCAUUUGGCUCAAGACGGGGAGACCAGGAAGCGAAUGGCUUGCAAGCUGAUCCCGCUGGAGCACUUCAAGCCGGCUGACGUGGAGAUCCAGGCCAUGUUUCGACACGAGAACAUUGCUGAGCUCUAUGGCGCCCUGCUGUGGCAGCAGACCGUGUACCUGUUCAUGGAGGCCGGCGAGGGCGGCUCUGUUAUGGAGAAGCUGGAGAGCUGUGGACCCAUGAGGGACUUCGAAAUCAUCUGGGUGACCAAACAGGUGCUCCGGGGGCUGGAAUACCUGCACUCCAAGGACAUCAUACACCACGACAUUAAGCCCAGUAACAUCGUCCUUAUGUCAACCAAGGCUGUUCUGGUGGACUUUGGGCUUGCUGUGCAGAUGACGGAGGAGGUGUACACACCCCAAGACAUGCGUGGCACGGAGAUUUACAUGAGUCCUGAGGUGGUGCUCUGCAGGGGUCAUGACACCAAAGCCGACAUCUACAGCCUGGGUACCAGCAUCAUCCACAUGCAGACCGGAUUCCCCCCCUGGGUUAGGAGAUACCCCCCCUCUGCUUACCCCUCCUACCUCUACAUAAUCCAUAAGCAGGCUCCCCCGCUGGAGGACAUUGCAGAGGAUUGCAGCCCAGCCAUGCGCACCUUCCUGGAGCGGUCGCUGGCACGGAGCCCCCAGCAGCGGAGCUCGGCGGCGGAGCUGAUGCGGGAUGAGGCGAUGAAUCCACCCCGUGAGGAUCAGCCGCGCUGCUGGAGCCUCGACUCGGGGAUGGUGGACGUCUCCCAUGGCCUGCUGAGGCAGCUCAGCCAGCUGCCGGACACGCUGCAGGACUCCAUCCUCUACAGCCACGAGGACUCUGCAGCCUUCAGGAAGACGGGGUCCCUCUACAUUGACCUGGGAUCCCUGGCUGGAUACUACAACAUUGUCCAAGGCCCCCCAGGCUCUGAUUACAGAUGAGAGUUGGGGAGGGGGCCUUGGAUUUGCUUGAGAAGAGAUCGGGGAUUGGCAAAAUUGGGCCAAAAGCUUCUCCUUGGAGUUUGCCCCGCCUUGCCCCACCCCAGCUCAUGCAUGGGGGGCAGCGCGUGAGUCACCCAAUGUGCAGCCAGCAGGUCCAGCGCAUGUGGUGCCCAAGGCAGGGACAGACGUACAGCCAGUCCUGAACGUCAUACUGGAAAGGCUUAGGAAUCCAUGGUGGAUUUCACUCCAGACUGAUGAAGCAUAGUGACGUGGCUUACAGGAGCUUGCUUUUAACAGGCAAAGGUGGACAUUUCAAAUCCAGAAAGUAAAAAUCCAAACCAGGAUUCUGCUUCAACCAACCAGAUGUUUAUAAAGAGUCACGGUCACAGAGUACUCAACUGUGUGGUUGAAACAAAAUCUUGGUCUGGAUUUUUACUUUCAGUACCUGAAAUGUCUGCUGCUGUUAACAGGGCACAUUUUCUUUAAAAUGCUGGAACAGUGCCCCCCCCCCCCCCCCCCCCGAAGAUAUCCUGGGACACUCACCUAUGUUUAUUUCUGGACAUUAGAAGUGACAUAUGUUUUUUGUGGGUUUAAUUCACCUACAAAAAAAUCAGCCGAUAACAAACGUGAUUUUUCAUAGCAUUGAUUGACAUAGUCGCUGUAGCCCUGUGUUGACAGACCUUUAUUAUAACAAGGCAAUGACAAUCAAUGAUAAUGUGAUCAUGCUAGGUUAUAGGAAAAAAUUGGCAUGAAAAUUAAGCCCGGCUUUUUUCCUUUUCUUAUACCUGUGUUGCAUAUUACUAAUAAUGCACCCCCCCCCCCCCAAAAAAAACAGACUUGUUCUGAUUAAUCAGUUGUUUGUGGUCAAUGUCUUUCCAGUGGAAACAUUAAGUAAUUGCUAAGCAAAUGCUAGACCCUUUUUAAAUAUAAGCCCGUUCUAAUCUUAGCUGUUCUGUGUACAUCCAGUGAGAUGAGCUGUUAACAAGUAAUAACCGUCGAGCAUUCCUGAAAUGACUCGAGACCAGCCCAGCCUUCGUUGCUAUUGUGCAUGUUACCGAGAAAUGCCGAAAUAAAAGCUUCUAAAAACGCAAA